GCCAAAUUGCAAUAAUGAAAAUCUUAAAAUAUGUCACACUAAAGUUGGUGACAUAGGACUUUCCUUAUUAAAUGCUUCACUUCCCCUCCUUUUCUAUUCAAAAUUCAAAUUCACACCCCUCACCCUUUUCUUUCUAAGCACUGCACUUUCUUCUUUUAGUCUUUUUUUCACUUUUAGUUCAAAUUUUUUUUCAAAGUGAAGGAAAUAUAAUAGAACAAACCAUGCAGUGAUGGAAACAACAUAGUAGAGAAAAAGUUUGAAUCUUCUUGAUUUGAAAAAAAAAAGGGUGUGUGUGUGUGAAAAUGAGUACAGCAAGAUUCAUCAAAUGUGUUACUGUUGGAGAUGGAGCUGUUGGAAAGACUUGUAUGCUUAUCUCUUACACAAGCAACACAUUUCCUACGGAUUAUGUUCCGACAGUUUUUGAUAACUUCAGUGCAAAUGUUGUGGUUGAUGGUAGCACAGUUAAUUUGGGAUUAUGGGACACCGCUGGACAAGAGGAUUACAACAGGCUUAGGCCUUUGAGCUAUAGAGGAGCAGAUGUGUUUUUGUUGGCCUUUUCGCUACUCAGUCGAGCCAGCUAUGAGAAUAUCUCGAAAAAGUGGAUUCCUGAACUGAGACAUUAUGCUCCAACUGUGCCAAUUGUGCUUGUGGGAACAAAACUUGAUUUGAGGGAAGAUAGACAGUAUUUGAUUGAUCAUCCUGGAGCAACACCUAUAACUACUGCCCAGGGAGAAGAGCUGAAGAGGGCAAUUGGUGCAGCAGUGUACUUAGAAUGCAGCUCAAAAACUCAACAGAAUGUGAAAGCUGUGUUUGAUGCUGCAAUCAAGGUAGUUUUGCAGCCUCCAAAGCAAAAGAAAAAAAGAAAGAAGAACAGAUCAUGUGUUUUCCUUUAAAAUUGAUAUUGAUUCUCAUUCUGUAACAUUUGAUUGCAUGGUUCAGUCUUUUGAACAUAUGUUUCAAAACUCUUAUAAUCUUUCAGUUUUCUUGUUUUUUUUCUAAUGGAUCCAAAUGAUGUUCCUAUGUAUGUUAUAUGAUGUAAUUGAGUAUUUUGAAGGAUAAAUUUUGUGAUAAGAAAUAAUAGCAUC